AUGGACGAGAGGAUCGAACCAACGAAUAAACCGAAACGAAAGCCGAGCUCCAGGCGAGUUCUGAGCGAUCAGACUUGCACUGCAAUCAACAAUACGAGCAAUCCCCCUGUCUUACACCAUGCACCCACCGGCCCUCCUGUGGCUGGUCACAAGUCGUUUGAACCCUCCCGCCCUGCUCCUCGUCCUCCUCAGCGCUCACUCUCUACAACCCAAGGUCUACGCGGUCUGGCACAGAGAAACAUGUCUACCUCUUCUGUCUCUAUCAAUCCAACUUCCGCUCCCUCUGCCCCCGCUCUCCGACGACGCCAGUCUGUAUCUACUCAUACCCCCGCCUCAAAGUCUGUCGACAAUUUUAAUAAUCACAUUAUUUAUUCCAAGUCCCCUCCACCAGCUGCUUAUACACGACCGCUCUCUCCUCGUCAGCUUGGAAAACUACCUGCAAACGGGUCUAUGCCUCAACUCGUACCCAAUCACACUGGCAACGUUAACCCACUCCCUCGACCCCCAAAUUUUAUCAGACCCACCGCUGCUACCCCUGCACCACGUCCGACGCAUCCACCACCUCCAACUCCCAAGCCACAACCUGCGCCAACCGCACCGAGAAGUAGCAGCGACAGUAGCAUCCAGGCAAAGAACUGGAAUCCAUAUCGCCCCACCUCACCCGACUCGAAACGACAUCGUCCGACAAAGAUGGGCGAUCCCGGUCCAUCAUCCUCUAAAGUCGAGCCACCGACAAAGACCGCACCUGCACCUGCCCCUACCCCUGCUACGUCCACCGCUUCUUCCACCCACCAACCGCGCCCUUCCACAGAAGACGUGACAAUGAACCUGGCCCGGAUGAUACUUACCCCACCCCACACCCAACGAAUGGUCACCUACCCCGGCACAUCCCAAUACUCGGCUGGCGGGCCGAGCGCUUGUGGACUUACGAGUCUGAAUGCCGUAAGGUGCGUUUUGCACCUCGAGCAAACCAUUCGCGUCGGAGGAGGUCAGGUCGGAAGUGGAGGCGUGGGGUUGAGCAUCCUUGGCACAAUGACCAAGCUCGAGUUUGUAAAGGAUGUCAUGGGCAUAGCCCCCCAUUGGAAGAGCAGCGAGCAUUUGGAGGUCGAGGAUAUACUCGGUCUGCCGUUGUUCACGCGCAGCUUGACUUGUAUAGGAACUGAACAACGAUUGACGAAUAGACGAAAUUUUAAAGAAAUCCUCAGUGUCCUACAAACCACCCGGACAAACCACUCUGCCGCCGCAGGGGUGUUGAUCACCCGUCCUCCUGAAAUAAUCAGUAUUAUGCAUUUCCCUGCCUCUCUGCCCGCCCCCACACCUGCCACAUUCUCCUCAGUCCAAUCUACACCCCAACCUUCUCCAUCUAGCAUAUUCGCGAUUUUUGAUUCCCAUACACGACCCACCCACCCAACCGGCUCGGCAUUCAUCGUGAGUGCCUCGAUCGACCAGACCGCCCGGUACCUGGAAAAGCUCUUUGCGGUGGACCCUGAUGUCCUCAACGAUGGUGGAGCUCUGCUUGGCGCCUUUGACGCCCACUUUGUCGUUCCUAGCGAUACCCCUCCGAAUGUCUCGAACCCCGGGGCAGCACUCUCGAUUCGCCCGACCGAUCCGGACGUGUACGCUGCGAAUCUGGGUAUGCUCAGUGCUCAGAUGGAGUUACGCGCCGCGCGUCAGCGGGCACAGAGAGAGGUAGAGAUGGUGAUGGAGCAAUUGAGGCGGAGCGAGAACGCGUAUGUCCGGGAGCGGAGAUUGCGAGAGAGCCGGGAUGCGAGAGUGAGAGAGUUGGAGACUCGUUUGCACGAUAUCGAAAGAGCAAGGAGGCAGCGCAGGGAGGAGCGGCGAGAACGGGACAAGUCUAAAAGGGGAUCUGCGAGAGCUUCGAUGGCUGCGAGCCCUGUCGAGAAGGAAGAAGAUCCACUGCAGACCAUGGUCAAGGGCGAAGCUCCGGUCGAGGCCGAUGAAAGCAACGAACCCGAGAUCAAGGUGGAGCCGUUGCAGGUGUUUACCGCAGAAGUGCAGGGCUCGUUGUUUGACGAGCCCGAGGCUGUCGAGGACAAGGAGGAAGCUCAGGUCGGAUUGGAGAAACAUGCAGACGAGUUGGAUAUCGCGAGCGUCGCUCAGCUCAUUGAGGCUGCCAAACCGGACCCGCCAGCUCCUCGACUCAGCACGGGAGGGGCCAUCGGGUUUCUAGCCUCCAUCGCAAGUCGAAGUAUCCCAUUCUGGGGCACCUCACACCAACCGGACCCAGCUUCGAUCCCAACGCCAGCCACACCCAACGCACCCCCUCUUCCCAACCCGGACCUUGCAGCCCCCGAAAUCACUUUCCAUUGCGACAUUUGCCAGGACACCGAGCCCGAGGUGGACGUUGCGAUUGUCGAAGGAUGCGGGCAUCGAUUCGGGCGAGAGUGUUUGAAGGGAUUCGUUAGCUCCAAGUUGGCAGAUGGCAAGUUCCCGAUCGUGUGUCCGACGUGUGCCACUGGGGAAGCGGGAGGAACGAUUGGUGUUGUUUCGAGCUGGCUCGCCGAGUCGGUUGGGAUUAGUCAGAGCGAAUACGAGCGGUGGACGCAGUUCGAGUUGGCGGCGUACUCGUUUGCGAUCGAGUGUACUCAAUGCAACCGAAGCUACAUGGUUUCGCGGGAAGAUUACAAUGACCCUGCCUCCAAGUCGUUUACCUGCGCAAUGCCCGACUGUGACCACACAUGGUGCAAGUCUUGCUCGACCACAAUAGAUAAAGACAAGCCGCACACAUGCGAUGGAAGUGCCGAGUUGACUCGGCUGAUGGAGCGUGAGGGCUGGAAGAAAUGUCCAGGCUGUCAGGCGCCAAUUGAGAAGAGCGAAGGGUGCAACCAUAUGACUUGCACAACGCCCGCAUGCAAUACGCACUUUUGCUAUGUGUGUGGGGGAAAGGUGAUUCAAUCGGUGAUUAGGAACGAGAUCAACGAGGCUAUCAUGCAGCAUUUCUCCAACUGCAAAUUGUUUGACGUGCCUGACGAGGAGUAA